CCUCUUUAGCAGCCUCUUUAGCCGUUGCCCGUCAGUCGCGCCUGUCACCCCUGUCGCCCUCGUUCCAUCCGCCACACGUCCCCUUUGCCCGAGGCACGUGAGACCACGAUGGCGGCCGACGCGACCGACGCAUCGUCCAAGACGCUCUCGGUCGCCGAGCAGCUGGAGCAGCUCAAUGCGGCGCGCAAGCUAGUGCUCGAUAACAUCGCCUACUACGACCGCAUCGUUAAGGGCGUGCUGCCCAUCAUCGGGCCCACGGCGGCGCUCGAGCUGCGGCGAUGGGGCGCCGAGUUCCUGGCCGAGUCGUUGGCCACGCCGGUCCUGACCAUGCGCGACAAGGAGAACAUUACGGUGGCGGUGCUUGACACGCUCAGGAGGCUGAUUGAGGGUGCUGGCGAGGAUGUCAUCGUGUUGAAGGCCUGUGUCGCGGCGGCGGCAAGCGCGUACCCCAUCGCUCUGAGAUGGAUAAUUCACAACUCCUACCAUGCAGAAAGCUGGGAACAAAUGUCGGCCACCAAGUCGAGGAUAUUACAUAUCUGGGAUGGGGCGCCAGCUCCGGUCAAGCUGAGCUGUAUCAAAUUUGCCCAGCGAGUUGUACUUUGCCAGACCGCAUCAAAUGGGAUGGAGCAAAAGUACAACGGACUCGAUAUCUCCUUGAACAUGGUCCCGCCGAACCACCCCUUGUUAGACCCCCGGCAACUCGAAGCAGAGGCAACCGGCCUCCUGGAUAGGAUGUUAGGGGUAUUGCAGGACAACAGCAGCGACGCUCUGCUUGUCGAUGCCACCCUCAACUGCCUGUCGAUCUUGAUCCGAACCCGGCCGGCCACAUCGAACCGCAUCCUCAACGCGGUGCUCAACUUCAACCCUCUGAAGCUGGCUAACUCUCCCAUGACGCCGAAAACAAGAGUACUAGUACAGUCUCUGGUGAAGACCACUCGCAUAUUUCUCACCAAUCUGCUUAAACGGGACCCGCACAAUCCGAUGUCGGGACGCAUCCAGCAAUACCUUGAGCGGCUGAUGCGCUCACGAACCGAGAUCUUCGACGAGGCAGGCCGCAAGCGGGCUCUUGCUGACCACACUGCGGCUGCUUAUGGAGACGCCAAAAGGCAGAAGCUGGAGGGCGGGGUUGCUCAAGUCUCCAUCCCGCCGCUGGGGCCAGGGCCGCACACUCUUGCUGCGGUAUUCGCCCUGACAAGCAAUCUCGGCCUUCAAGGGUUUGAUGCCACUCAACUUCCUGCAAAUCUCGCCGCCAGGAUCAGCGUCAGCGCGUUGGCCACAUUAGACGAGCAGGUUCUGAACUUUGCUGUCGCUGGUGUCCGGGAUCGUCUCGCAUCUCUUUACGGUGCAGGGCCGGCGGCAGCAGCGGGAGAACCCUCGGUGAUCAACGCCGCAACAGCUCCAUUGGGCGUUGAAGAGGAGGACGAUGACUACGAGCCAGACCUGACUCUGGCAGAAGAUACCGAGCAGAUCCUUAACAAGCUCGAUAACGCGCCUCCGGAAGAGGUGAUCGAACCGGCGGCCGACGCUGCUGCAGCGCUGGCUCUCGGCCCCUUCAAGCUUCCGCCUCCUCCUGCACUCGACCCUGAUACUGCCGCUAGCCUCAGUCAAGCGGCAGCUUCUCGCGUCUUCGGGCCGGUGUCAGCUCUCAAAGACGGCGGCGCCGUGCGGAAAUCGAAGGCUGGCAUCAACCGGCUUGCAGCGAGCUCCUACGACCACGAGUCGUGGAUGACCCUCAUCACGCGCCUCGCCACUCGAAGCACGGCGGGUCUCGACGACGUCAGCAGCAGCAUCAAGCAGGAAGACGCAGGUUCGGCGCUCGACCGACCGCGCGUGUCCCUGGGCGACACCAUCCGCGAGAUGCUCUACACCUACAUCCUCGAGGACUGGCGGCGGCGCAUAGAGAUCGCCGUUGCUUGGCUCUGCGAGGAGUGGUACAACGACCAGCUGACCAAGCGCAGCGGCAGCAACGCGCCCCUGCACUACGAAAAGUGGACGCUGCGGCUGGUUGACGGGUUUCUGAGCUACAUCACGACGCAAGACAAGGUGCUGACGAGGUUCCUUGCCGAGAUACCCGAAUUGAGCAAGGCGCUGCUGGGGAAGCUGAAGGGACUCUGCGCGGACCCGACGACGGUGCAACUUGCACUGACGAGUCUGCUGUAUCUGGUCAUGAUGCGGCCGCCAGUAAGAGAGAUCGCGUUAGACACGGUGGCGGAUAUCUGGUCUGAGUAUGAGGAUGCUCGCCCCUUGGCGGCCAAGUAUCUUGCCAAGUGGCGGCCGGGCUUCAUCGAGUCACAGACUCGCGGUGCUCAGGGCGAUGCGGCCCCUGCUAACAACGUGGCGAUCGCGGCGUGAAGCAACUCGAAAUUACGAGAGGGGGCCUGGUUUGGCGGCUGCAUCUCGAAGGACUGCACGACUUUGUAUGAUUAUCGCUACACAUCAUCGUUGACAUACCCAUUGCAUGAAAGGGAUUUUCAUGGAGAGAGUUACCAAGAAGAUUAGCGGCGUUGGGGUUGGGGACAGCCAAAACCACGGGAGGAGGUGGAGUGUGGACUCUCCGC